GUCGGCGACUUGGGGAAUGAUGGCGUCUUCAGCAGCUCGCUGUUCCACACGCUGGUUUACUGUUAUCUUGUCCUCUGGACGUCACCGUGUCUCCGGUGUCAUUGCCACUUCUCCCUCCGAUACAUUUCGUGGUUUCUCAACAGUGGGAGCCGGGAAAAUAUGGCGCAAAGGAAAUCUUGCGUGCAAACAAGCGUUGACAUUGAGAGGUUUCAAUUCACCGCAUGUCGUCUGCAUUCUGCCAUUCCACACAAGUGCCCCUGCAAGCAACAAACAGGACUACUACAAGAUCUUGGGAGUACCGCGCACCGCAACUCAGAAGGAGAUUAAGCAAGCAUUCUAUCAGAUGGCCAAAAAGUACCACCCUGACUCUAAUAAAGAGGACCCACAAGCGAAAGAGAAAUUUACUCAGCUGGCUGAAGCAUAUGAGGUCCUCAGCGAUGAAACAAAAAGGAAACAGUAUGACACAUACGGUUCUACCAACUUCAAUGCUGGCCAGGCCGGUGGUGGACAGCAGUAUUGGUCCGGUAAUACCAACAACGUGAAUCCUGAGGAGCUCUUCCGCAAGAUCUUUGGAGACUUCUCUGGAGGCCGUGGUUUUGGUGACUUUAAUGCCAUUUUUGAUCAGCCACAAGAAUACAUGAUGGAGCUGACGUUCACUCAAGCAGCCAAGGGAGUAAAUAAAGAGAUAACAAUUAACAUGGAAGCUGCUUGCCAGCGCUGUGACGGUAAAGGACAUGAACCGGGGUCAAAGGUCCAGCACUGUCAUCAUUGCAAUGGAUCAGGCAUGGAAACAGUGAACACAGGGCCAUUUGUGAUGCGCUCCACAUGUCGACGCUGUGGUGGCAAAGGGUCGGUCAUCUCCUCUCCCUGCUACUCCUGCCGUGGGACUGGCCAGACAAAGCAGAGGAAGACCGUAAUGGUUCCUGUGCCGGCAGGAGUGGAGGACGGUCAGACAGUCAGGAUGCCAGUAGGAAAGAAGGAGAUCUUCAUUACAUUUAAAGUACAAAAAAGUCCAGUGUUUCGAAGAGACGGAGCAGAUAUCCACUCUGAUCUUCAUGUCUCUGUAGCCCAAGCCAUUCUGGGUGGCACAGCAAGAGCACAAGGCCUUUAUGAAACACUCAAUUUAUCCAUCCCUGCUGGUGUCCAGACAGAUCAAAGAAUCCAUUUAGCAGGGAAAGGAAUCGCUCGUGUGAGUGGCUAUGGCUUUGGAGACCACUAUAUCCAUGUUAAAGUUAAAAUCCCCAAGACACUAACAGACAGACAGAAAUCACUACUCAUGAGCUUUGCUGAAGACGAGACGGACGUAGAAGGAACGGUCAACGGUGUCACUGCAACCACUUCUGGUGGGGGCAGCAUUGGUAAGCAGUAUGACUCAGAGCAAAGCAAGAAGGAUGGAGACUUGAAACAAGAUGGGGGAUUUUUCUCCAAAUUUAAGAAAUUAUUUAGUUCCUCUUAACAGUCACAAACCAGGUAAGAGGUCCUCCUGGAAUUGAAACAUGCUGAAACGACAUGGUUGGUAGUGGAUGCAGAGCUCAGCACACAGUGGAAUGGAAAUGCUCAAACAUCGAUGGACAGCACCUCCAUUUAAUUGUCUUGAGUUAACGCAAAGCAGUCUCCAUGUCGGUGGGACUUUUUUUAUAUUAGGUUUUCUUGUUGAUUGAAUGGAUACAGAAUUAUCCUGAGGAAUCCUGUUCGAAGUCUUUCACUUGCCCUUGUUAUGGAAAGUCGGUCUCCAGUGUCAUAAUGCUUUCUCUAUGAUUAAAACCUAUUUCAUGUGCCAGAGACAGCUCAUCUCCGAAAGAAGUUACAGACAUAGCAGUUUUGUACAUAUGAAGCAGUAGCAUCUGAUGGAUAAAUGGAUUAUCUAUUAAUAAAAGUAACAUCUAAUACAAA